AUGUUCCGUGUUGCUACACCACCUGCCAAAGCCAAUACAAGUGAUCCCAGACGUCUAGAAAUUGAUCUGGCCAGUCUUCUUCGAUCCAUUCCAUCAAGUGCCAUUAGCACUUCGGCAUGGCACGCGUUUACCGCAGAAAUGAUCUGCCUCGCUCAACGUUCAUGUGAAGUGGGAUACAACAACGUAGCCACCUACCAACCUUCGUUCAUAAAUGUUGGGAAAAUCGCUGCGAUCUAUCGAAUUUGUACAUUUGCAGACACGAAAUGGAGAGUUACUGUGUACGAUAUGGAGUUUAUCUACUCGCCUACUUCCGGUAGUCUUGAUGUAACGACCCCCGCGUUUCAGCGUUGGAUUGAAGAGUUGAGUGGUAAAGUCCCAUUUGAGCUUAUCGUGCGUGUAGGUAGUUGGGAUGGAACUGUAAUUUCGGAUGCUUCCAGUUUUAAAGUGAAGUUUUACGGAGGCUACGACACUGUCACUGGACGGUAUACAAUGCUACAUCCAGCGCUAGUUCCUGUGUUUGAAGUGGCCGGAGGAACGGAAUCUGGAGGUGUGGAUAAUAUCCAAUACGCAGGGGCAAACUAUACGAUGUGGGAUAUAAAACUAUGGUCGAUUGGUCAGACUCCUCGGUACGACAAGUUCCUGGAUCUAUUAGAAAUUGGUCUCGGCGGGACGGCUACAACUCCAACGCCUUCUUCGACUGUAGUGUCCCCAACUCAAGAAAUAUCGUCUACUGAUCCAUGUCGGAAGUGCUCUUGGGUUCUAGCUCGAUGUCAAAAUGACUCCGAAUGUGUCUCGCUGACGCGUGAUUCGCUAAUACUUUUGCUAACCAGUACACAAAGCAGUCUACAAACUCCUAUGAAAACGACUGUAGUAGAUGACUACGGCACUACAGCAUUCAGAGGUGACUUGUACCCACUAAUGGUAUCUCUGAAUAGAGCCUACUCUUCGAAAGCCUGGGAUUUACUCGCUGGCGAGUUCUUUUGUCUCGCAAACGGCUCAUAUGACAUGGAAUACAGCGAUGUCUACGUCGAUAACACGAUGGAACAUAUGCCGACGAAAUUGGAACUUGUACCUUCCGUUAAAGUGGAAUUGCGGACAUACGGCAACACCGAGUGGGAUGUUCAAAUAAAUGGAGUGGUUUUCUCAUACAAACCCAUUCAAGUAUCUACAAGCUCAACUGAUUAUACUCUUCCCUUUCAGAAUUGGCUUAGAGCUCUGGGAUCGGACGACUCAGUGAAACUUGAAUUUCAAGUAGUUAACCGAGUCUUCAGUAAUCUAGGCGCAAUCACCCUAAGCAUCCGAGUGUUCGGCAGCUUUGAUCAGGAUCAGUAUCAGUACUUGAUGGUAAAUCCGACAAAGAUUCCUCAGUUUUCUGCUGUAGGAGGACUAGUUGACAUCGGGGAUAGUUUCCCUCGUGCUGAGGCAAAUGUUACAUUACCCAGCAUGGUCAUCUCGUCCACACGCCAGAAACCACAGUAUACCAAGAUGCUGAAGAUGUUAUCGGACGGAAUUGACAAUUCCAUUCCAGUGCCAACCACCACUCCAACGUCGAUCUCCAGAUCCAUUUUAUCUGAUGACACCUGUCGUCAAUGUCAAGACGAUAUCGCACUUUGUCGGGAUGAUACUGAUUGCGUCGAGUCUUCACGGGACAGACUUGUUCCCUUACUGCGCGAAUAUGGCUGGACACAAAGCACUAGCGCAGAGAAUGAAUAUGGGAGCGCUCGAGUGUCCCUGAAUUUAACCCAAGUACUGCUCACUCCGGAUAUUUUCCUCUCUCGACAAGGCUGGGACUUAUUCGCGGCUGAGUUGACGUGCCUUUCGAUCUCGUGUGACUUGGAAUAUGGCGAUGUUGCCUCUCCUUUACUAGGAUUUCACAUACCAACGUUUGUGAAUAAUAUUUUUGGAGCAUCGGUCGUUAUUUCUUUACGGACAUACGCUGAUACUGCUUGGAACAUACACGUAAACAAUGAAUUGCUGUCCUAUACGAUCGACACAAGCGACACCAGGCCGAUAUACGAUGCUGCGAUGGCUCUACGUGAAUGGAUUGCGUCGCAACUGUUAGCGUAUGAUCUUCUCGCUACCAUGUACGGCCCAGAGAUCGAUUCUGUAUCGGGAGCUGCCAUUCUUCGUAUGUAUUUAUCUGGGUACAACAUGUAUUUGGCGCCACCAUGGUUAAUUCCUCGGUUUGAGGCUGUAGGAGGAGUCACCGGAGGAGCAGAUACUGGACUGCCAGUCGCUGAAGCCAAUGUGAAACCUUGGGAAAUAUCUUUGAUUAGUCAUUCUCAGAAACCUCAGUACGGUAAAUUUCUCGAUCUGCUCGCGUUUGGCCUUGGCACUCCGACGUAGGUGAAGGUGAAAUAGUGCAUUCCUGAACCAUAUUCAAUAAUAAAACACUGGAAAAUUAAC